AUGAGGCUUAUAUACACUUGCUUACUAUGGGCAAUAUUAAUAACCGAUGUUAUCAUGGUGGCUUGUAAAUCUAGAAACAAUGUACCAGCAGUAAUUGUGUUUGGUGAUUCUUCUGUGGAUGCUGGAAACAACAAUAAGAUAGCAACACUUCUCAAGAGCAACUUUAAACCUUAUGGCCGCGACUUCGAAGGCGGCCGUCCCACCGGACGGUUUUGUAACGGCCGCGUUCCACCGGACUUCAUCGCAGAGGCUUUUGGUGUUAAGAAGGACAUACCAGCAUAUUUGGAUCCGGCUUAUACCAUUGAUGAUUUUGUUACUGGUGUAUGUUUUGCUUCUGCUGGAACUGGAUAUGAUAAUGCAACUUCUGCUGUACUUAAUGUGAUACCACUAUGGAAGGAAAUAGAACUCUAUAAAGAGUAUCAAGCAAAACUAAGAGCCCAUGUUGGUGAAUCGAAGACAAAUGAAAUCAUAAGUGAAGCAUUAUACCUAAUAAGUUUAGGAACCAAUGAUUUUCUUGAAAACUACUAUAUUCUCCCAACAAGACAACUUCAUUUUACAGUGUCACAAUAUCAAGAUUUUCUAGUGGAUAUUGCAGAAAGUUUUGUGAGAAAAUUGCACUCACUUGGUGCUAGGAAAUUAUCCAUAACUGGUCUUAUUCCUAUGGGGUGUCUUCCAUUAGAGAGGGCUACAAAUAUUUUUGGUGAUCAUGGUUGCAAUAAGAAGUAUAAUAAAGUGGCUUUACAAUUCAAUGCAAAGUUGGAUAAAAUGAUUUCUAAGGUGAAUAAGGAGCUUCCUCAAUUGAAGGCUUUGUCCGCAAAUGCUUAUGAUAUUAUCUUUGAUGUCAUUACAAGACCUUCUUUCUAUGGAUUUGAGGUGACAGAGAAGGCAUGUUGUUCCACUGGAACAUUUGAGAUGGGCUACUUAUGCAGUGACAAGAAUCCACUUACAUGCAAAGAUGCAAACAAAUAUGUGUUUUGGGAUGCUUUUCAUCCUACUGAGAAGACAAACCGUAUAGCCGCAAAUUAUUUGAUUCCUAAACUUCUAGCAGCUUAUAGAUGA